GAGAGCUCGGAGAGCUGUGGGCGCUGAGGCGUCGCCUUCAGGGGAAAGACACCAGCCUGCCUCAGCAAGUGCAGAGAGAGGAGCCACUGCGCAGCAGCAGCUGCAGGUGACUCCCACAGGAUUACAGAAAGAAAUUGUAAGCUGAGACCUCAGGCAAAGAUCAACUGUAAACUUCUGGAAAGUGAGAAUGGCUGUGGCCCUGGGCUGUGCGAUCCAGGCCUCCUUGAAUCAGGGCUCUGUGCUUCAGGAGUACGACACUGACUGUGAGGUCUUCAGGCAGCGCUUCAGGCAGUUCCAGUAUAGAGAAGCAGCCGGGCCUCACGAAGCUUUCAACAAACUCUGGGAGCUUUGCUGUCAAUGGCUAAAGCCAAAAAUGCGUUCUAAGGAACAAAUCCUGGAGUUGCUUGUGUUGGAGCAGUUUCUGACUAUUUUGCCUACGGAGAUAGAGACCUGGGUGAGGGAGCACUGCCCUGAGAAUAGAGAAAGAGUUGUGUCACUAAUAGAAGAGUUACAGAGAGAACUUGAUGUACCAGAGCCACAGGUGGACAUGCAGGACAUGCUUUUGGAAGAACUGACACCAGUGGGAAUGGAACCUCUGCCGCCAAGUGUGCACCUGGAAUCGCCUGAGCUCCAGGUCAUGGCACCUGUCCAGGAGGCCGCAGUGACAGAGCCCUGGAUCACACAGGCAGGACCUCAAGAGCUGAACUAUGGUGCUGCUGAAGAGUGUCAGCCCUUUCUGGACCCUGAAUAUCCACUACCAAAGCUUGAUGUGAACUUCCCAUUGGAGCAAAGAGAAGAACCAUGGGUUAAGGAGCUAGAGGAUUCCAAAGAAAUGAAGCAAUUACUUGAUUCUAAGAUAGGUUUUGAGAUUGGGUUGGAAAACGAAGAAGAUACCUCAAAACAGAAAAAACUGGAGAAUAUGUAUCCAUUUAUUGUAACUUUAGAUGGGAAUGCUCUCCAGGGUCCCAUUUUGGAAAAAGAAUAUGAGCAGUUAGAAAAUCAGUGGGAGCCCCCUCCAGAGGACUUACAGCCGGAUUUAACCAAGCUUGUAGAUAAUCAGACCCCGACUGCAGGAGAGGCAGCUGAGAGCUCCAACUUGGAAGAACCUCUCAACCCUAAAUCACCUAAGAAAAAGACCCCAGGAGAGAAACCUCACCAAUGCCCGCAGUGUGAAAAAUGUUUUGCUCGGAAGUCACAGCUUACUGGGCAUCAGAGAAUUCAUUCAGGAGAGGAACCUCACAAAUGCCCUGAAUGUGGGAAAAGAUUCCUUCGUAGUUCAGACCUUUAUCGACACCAACGGCUUCACACAGGGGAAAGACCCUAUGAGUGUACUGUGUGUAAGAAGCGCUUUACUCGGCGCUCACAUCUUAUUGGGCACCAGAGAACCCAUUCUGAAGAAGAAACGUACAAAUGCCUGGAGUGCGGGAAAACUUUUUGUCAUGGAUCAAGUCUUAAAAGACAUCUGAAAACCCAUACAGGUGAAAAACCGCAUAGAUGCCCUAACUGUGGGAAAAGUUUUAGUCGACUGGCAGCACUUACUCUGCAUCAGCAAACACACACUGAAGAAAGACCUUUCAAGUGUAGUUACUGUGGGAAAAGCUUUAGACAGAGACCGAGCCUUGUCAUCCAUCUAAGAAUUCAUACUGGAGAGAAGCCAUAUAAGUGUAGUCAUUGUUCAAAAAGCUUCAGGCAGCGAGCAGGCCUUAUUAUGCACCAAGUCACUCACUUUAAAGGACUUCUUUAAGAAUUGUUAAGGGAAACAGAUGCUACAGAUGUUAACACUAACUCAAAAAAAGAAAAUCUUAGCCUAUACUGUAGCAUAUUUGUCUUGCAAGAACCUCUUUGACCUUUAUAGCAGGCUUUUUUUUUUUUCUUUUGCUGUUUUUAAAAUCCUAUCUUCCAAGGUAUUUGAGUUUAAGAGUAUCCACCUAGUCUUACAACUUUCCUAUAUUUUAUUUUUUCUGUCUAGAAUCCUUAUUUUUUUAUUACAAUGAAAAACCUUGUGUUCCAAGACAACCAUUUCACAGCUUUAGCAUAAAGCCUGUGACUGGUGAGAAUUUUCAGAAACCAUUUCUCUCGGACACCUCUGUUAUAGCAGUACCAUAAUUUUUUUAAAGAUUUGUUUUAAUUUUAUUGGAAAGUCAGGAAUACCAAGAGGAGGAGAGACAGAGAGGAAGAUCUUCCGUCCGUUGAUUCACUCCCCAAGUGACUGCAAUGGGUGGAGCUGCACUGAUCUGAAGCCAGGAGCCAGGAAGCUCUUCCAGGUCUCCCACAGGGGUGCAGGGUCCCAAGACUUUGGACUGUCCUCGACUGCUUUCCCAGGACACAAGGAGGGAGCUGGAUGGAAAACAGGGCUGCCGGGAUCUGAACCCAGGGCCAUAUGGGAUACUGGAGCGUGCAAGGUGAGGACUUUAGCCACUAGGCUACCAUGCUGGGCCCAGCAGUGCCAUAAUUAUUCUGUAUCUUAGUAAAGUUAGUUGUAUUAGAUGAGAUCUUUAAGUGUGCCUGAUGUGACAAAAGGGAAACCUUGAACUUUGUCAAGCAGGAUAAGUGUGUCAGGAACACAAGGAUGAAGGAUGUAUGUGAUUUGUUAGGUUCUGAAUUAUUUCUAUUGAAACAUUUUUAUAUUUAAGGAAAUUAAGAUUUUUACUUUUAUUUUGGGAUUUUAUAAAGUUUUAUACUCUGGUUGAAACAGUUUCGAUUUGGUAGUUGAUUGUGCUCACAGAGUAAGUAAGAUCUCUGUGGAAGAAUCUACUUGACAAUCUUGUAUCAGUAGAAUCUCAUUUCAGUUAGAAUCCCUGAAGAAUGCACAGCUUUUAACUCUUCUUUGGUAUGCAGUGCAUUGAAGUUUUAUCCAUUCCAGUUCUACGUUUCCCUAAUAACAUAUCGUAGAACACAUGGUUCUAUAAGAGAAUUUUACAAAUGUUGGGAAUCACUGCCUGCUGUUUCUCCUUCCUAGACCCAUAGUGCACAUUAGCAAAUGAGAAUAUCUGUGAGGUCCUCUAGGAAAGGGAGGAAAUGUCUUUUGGCUCAGUGUUUCUGAAAUCUACUUGACCCCCAUAACCUUUUUCAUAUACACCCAGUACCAAUCCAGAGAGCUAGUAUUCUCCAGAUAACCCUUGGAGCACACUGCCUUAAGCAAACAUUUCUUUCAUUCUCAGUAUAUUUCUGUUAUUCCCAAACCUAGUUAUCUCCAGUUGUUUCAAGGGUAUUAUAAAACAUUUUUAACCGUAUAUGGCUUUGGUAUCAUAUACACACACAGACACAUGAUUUUAGGGAGGUAAAGAUCACUUAUUCAGAUAAUUUAUAAGCUUCUCAGUGAUUUUUACUCUUUGAAUUUUCUUAUACAUACACUACUACUUAUAUAAAUGUCCUUAUAUAUUCAUGUUAACAACUCAAGUUCCCGUAACCAAGGAAAAAUUCUUACUAUCAGUUAAAGCUGUUAAUAUGUGAAAAUAUCCAUUGAGCCUUCCUUGUUUGUUAUAAAAUGCAAGAAUUGGGCAUUUAAGCAUUUUCCCUUUGUGAAGGUAUAUAGUCAUCCAGUCCUUGAAUUAGAGUUAUGGAAAGUAUAUCUAUUCCAUUGAACUUCUUAGGAAUGAGAUAUAAGUAUUUGGGAAGGGAUAUAUUAUGUGCCUAAUUAGUCCUGUUCUAGACUUAAUGAUAAAGAAAUAUAAAAUAUGUCAGGCUCAUAAGGAGUUUAUAUCAUUAAUUAAACAAGAGUUGGGAAACAAAUGGAGAACAAAGCAAGAGAGUUUAUAAUAAAGUGCCAAAUCCUAUCAAGUGCUAGAGCCAGGAUGUGUCUUUAAUUCUUGACAUCUAGGUCCCUGUAUAAUGCUGCUAUAAUUCUGGGGUUAAAACUAAGAUCCCAGUAGCAAUAAACCUGUAACAUGGGAGGAGUCUGAAUGUAGACGUAAAAAAUAAUACUGAAUGUAAUGGCUUCUCUUUUCUCUCUUGUGGACUUGCAUUCAAACCAUAACAGUGCCUUAGAAUGGAUGUGCCCAACUGCUCUGUAUUUAUGCAAUUUAUACAAUAUUUUAAUAAAGUGAAAAUGCACAUGCUC